AUGAUAUCCCCAUUCUUUAUAGCCGCACUUAAUGGGGAGUUUCAAGGCUAUUUCAAAGGUAAAAGAGGGCUGAGACAAGGAGACCCCCUCUCACCUUUCCUCUUUGUCAUAGCCAUGGAUGUUCUAUCUUCCAUCAUUAAGAAUUAUGUGGGUAGAGUGUAUAAUUUCAAAUACCACUGGAGGUGCAAGGAUCCAAAGAUCACUCGUCUCUCUUAUGCAGAUGAUUUGUUCUUGUUUUGCCAUGGAGACAUCUCAUUAGUUUCAGUUCUUAAAUGUACAGUUGACCAUUUUUACACUAUGUCUGGACUUGAGAUAAACUUCAGCAAAAGUUCAAUUUUCCUUUCAGGAGUAGAGGAUCACACCCAAUAA